AAAUAAUUAAAUUAAAAAUAAAUCAAAAGAUUCGUAUGUGAUUUUUGAACCAAAAACAAUUCUUCGCAAUCAGCUAAACGAUUUUCUAAUCGGAGAAAAAAAGCACAAGGACCUGUACGAAGGACAACGUUAUAAACUUCAAUGAAAACUUUGUUCAACUCACAUAGUGAAGCAUGACGGGCACAUUAAGUGUUGCCACAGAUGGGACUACAGCACAAACGUUGGGUGAUGGAACGGAUUAUGGAGGCAGUGGCAGUCACCGCAAAGGUCACAGGCGCCAGGAAUCAAUUUACGAAAUGACGGGAUUAUAUUCCGAAACUGGAGACGAUAGUAGCGUAGAUGUUCCUCCCGAAUCUGAGCUAUCAGAUUCGAUUAAUUUACCCGAUACAACCGCAACCAUACACCUAGCAGACACUGUCAUUAAAUGUCAUAGUCGACAACCAUCCAGUGGAUUAGUGGACCGAGAUAAAUCCACAACUCGAAGCGAUGAUUUGUCUAGAGAUUGUGGAAUGUUUGGUUGUAGGCCGUCAGCGAUACAGAGGUUUGCGCGAAUCAAGAUAUUCGUUCUGCUGCUGUCAAUGCUAGUAACCCUACAACAAGCCUUAAGUUCUGGUUACAUAAAUUCGGUGAUUACAACGAUUGAAAAGCGCUUCGAAAUUCCGUCUAGCUAUUCGGGCCUGAUAGCAUCAAGUUAUGAAAUUGGAAAUGUGAUAACUGUUAUAUUCGUUAGUUAUUUAGGAAGUCGACGACAAAUACCAGUCUGGUGUGGCUGGGGUGCCGUCAUCAUGGGCAUCGGUUCGUUGGUAUUCAUGGUGCCGCAUUUUACCGGCGAACCGAAUCCCGGCGUAAGUUUACAGAAUCAAACGUCUGACAAUAUUUGUCGUGGAGUGUCGUUACGAGAUAUGGACAUGGGCUUGGGAAGAUUAUCCUUAUCGAAUCAGCCAUUAGCACCGCACAAUAAUUUAAGAGGAGAUAAUUGCAUACAGGGAAAAUCGUCCACUUUCGGACCCGUGUUAUUAUUCGUCAUUGCUCAAUUAUUACUGGGAUGUGGAGGUAGUCCGCUAUUUACACUUGGAACUACGUAUGUCGAUGACCACGUCAAAACGGAAAGCGCUUCGAUGUAUAUCGGAUGUAUAUAUAGCAUGGCUGCGUUCGGGCCAGUUUUGGGAUUUUUACUCGGUGCAUACUUGUUAUCGUUCCACAUGGACUCAUUUUCCGGAACUCUCAUUUCAAUCAAUCCUGGCGACAGACGAUGGGUUGGAAUGUGGUGGGGUGGUUUUUUACUUUGUGGACUUUUGCUGAUAAUUGUCGCGAUUCCAUUCUUCCUGUUCCCGAAAGUUUUGACUCACGAAAAGAAGAAACUCAAGAAACUCGAUCACAUUUGUAAGCCAGGUGCCGCAAGCAAUUCGAAUAGCUUACCUCGGCAACCAUCGCAGGAAACGGCGCAACUGCAAAAAUCGACUUCGAAGAAAAAUCUGGAUUCCGGAUAUGGCAAGGAUAUAAAAGACAUUCCUUUGUCGAUGUGGCGCCUGGUCUCAAAUCCAGUGUACAUCGUUACUUGUCUGGGUGCGUGUAUGGAGUUAAUGAUUGUGUCCGGAUUCAUUGUUUUUUUGCCAAAAUAUUUGGAGACCCAAUUCAGUUUGGGGAAAAGUCAAGCUAGCGUAUUUACAGGUGCGAUAGCUGUUCCUGGUGCCUGCAUAGGGAUCUUCGUUGGUGGUUGUUUUUUGAAAAAAUUUCAAUUGAGACCACAGGGCGCCGUUCUAUUUUGCCUAGUAUCGAACGUAAUAUGUCUGUCCUGCUAUGCGUUACUGUUCUUCUUGGGAUGUGACAAUUUGAAAAUGGCCGGUACAACAAUUCCGUACUACAACAGUUCGACGCACUCAGCUCCGGAACCAUUUCAAGUCAAUCUGACGGCUGCGUGCAAUUUCGGUUGUGAAUGCCACAUGACUGACGUCGAACCGGUGUGCGGAAACAAUGGUCUAACCUAUUUCAGUCCAUGCCAUGCAGGCUGCACAGCCUUCUCAUCGACUUCCAAUUACACAAACUGUGCAUGCGUUCAGAAUAACAUAACAAAUGUCUAUAAUGGCGUCGGUGGAAGUCAAGCGCAAGCAUCAGUAGCGAGAGAAGAUUUUGCAGAGGUGACAGUAAUACCAGUAGCUAGAGCUGGACCGUGUACAACGCCAUGUCGGACGAUUUACCCGUUUUUGAUUUUGUUAUUUUUCAUGACAUUCAUUGUCGCAUCCACUCAGAUGCCAUUAUUGAUGAUUGUACUUCGGUCCGUAUCCGAAGAAGAACGCUCCUUUGCGCUGGGAAUGCAAUUCGUAAUAUUCCGGUUAUUUGGCUACAUUCCAGCGCCCAUCAUUUUCGGAACUUUAAUUGACUCGACGUGUCUUUUGUGGCAGUCAACAUGCGGUGAAAAGGGUGGGAGAUGUCUGAUCUAUGACAUUGAAACAUUCCGAUACAAGUACGUUGGACUCUGUGCAUUCAUCAAAAUCGUAGCGUUGGCCAUAUUCGGAAUUGAUUUGUGGUUGGUUACGCGGCGAAAGAAUAUGAUUGAUGGAACACCAUUAUCUGCGCAGGAAGUGGUCGGAUCCAUAAUUAGUUUGGAUAAAUUGUUCGAGGAGAAACAUCAUUCGAGUAGUCAACAUAACACUGCAACUGGUGACGUUCUUGGCGACUGCGGCCUUAAUCUUAACUUUGACACGAACAACAAACGCAUUUUGAUUGCUUCUCGUCAUUUACGGAAUGAUUCCAAAACCAUUCAGUUGGAGCUACGCUAUGACAACUAUGCGGACAAAAGUGAUCGUAAAAUAUACAAGAAGCAGCACAUCCGAAGCAAUUCAUUUCCGGCACAAAGUCUGGAAAUCGUUCGCAGCAGUUCAAGGGAAUACGAUAAUGAAAGUAAAUCGAAAAGGCCCGCCCAUCAUUCUCGCAAUAACUCACGUGACAUGGAAGUCGAAUUUCGUCAAAAGCUCACCCACACUCGAAACAAUUCAAGAGACGAUCACAAUUCCAACAUAAAGUUCAUACUAAAUUACCUGAACACAACAGGUAAAGCACCGCACGACGCAUCGAAAACAUCGAAAAAGCACAGUAGAAACCAUUCUUACGAUCAGAUUUAUAUGCCAAACAAUAUCAAAAUCGAUCAGGAGCUGCACAAUAAAUUCAACAAGAAUUUGUCCAGGAAAAAUUCCCGUGAACCGGACAUCAACAUCAUAAAAAAUAUCAAUGCCAGAGAUGCCAUCGAUUCGAAAUUUGUCAAAAGAAACAAUUCCAAAACUGGUCUGGCCGAAGACGAUACGAAAUUCACACAGAAUUCCAAAGAUUUGAAUUUGAAAGUGCUAAUUGAUGAACCGAGCGGCAGCAGUGUGCUACGACACCGUCGAACAAGCUCCAGAGAUCUGUCACGCAUUGCAUCGUCGUCGUCAGACAGUACCAAACAUAUAAGAAAUUCAUCGCAGCAUAAAAUUCAGAUUGAUAAUGAAGUAGACUCAGCACAGUCUUUAUUGAGACGGGGUAGUCUGGAUGGAGAGUGUAGCUAUCUGAAUGUUAUCGAUGAUAAUGAAUUGACGCAUGUUUGAGUGAACGCGAAUUAGUUAUCAUUCGGAAGUUACGGUUGCUUUUGGUAGGGCCGUUGAGAGACAAAAAUAGAAACAGAUUUUUGCUUUUUUGCAAGGGCCAAGUUACGUAGAUUGUUGAAAGGCCAUCUACGGAACUGUUGUAGCCAGUUCACAGUUUCUGCUCAUAGUGCUUCAAGGAUAGUAUCCAUUCGUUUCCCAAAUUUGCCAAAUUAUAAAUUUACCGUUUGAAUAUCUAUCAACCUUUAACGAUUCACAUUUUCGAUAUCUGAAACAAAUCAAGCCAUCACAUCCAAUCGUUCCUUCAUUUCGACUAAACAAGUUUUCAAGCAUCGAGCUUUUAGCAAAAGGUCAAACAGACCGGUAGAACUAUAAUGAGCACAUACUCGUGCAAAUAGUGCGGUAUUCUAAUGUACAGACAUCGUUAUUUUUGGGAACUUUUGAUUCGCCAAAACUUCUCGAAAUUUGCAAAUUUUGACUAAAUGAAAAAUUCUAGCAAAUUAAGGGAAAGCUUCGUUUCUUAGAUAAAGGUAAUCGGAGAGUAGAUUUCGAAAAUGGUUCGAUGUUACUCUUCUGAAAUUGAUGGGUUCGAUCACUUUUUCGACCACAUAUUCCCUUUGGCACGCGAUUUUUGUGAAUUCGAUUUCUCCACUUUCCUUCAAGAACAUUCGACAAAUGGUAAAUUUAUCGUCAUAUUAAAUCUGCUACUUCCGUUGUUUAAUCUAUUUUCGGACAAAGACUUUGACGUUGGAGGAUUUAACAAAUAUGUUUUGCUACAUGAGAAGAACGUUGUCCAGACGUCAUGAUGACUAGACAGAUCAUUUUAAAAAAGGUGAGCAAUUUGUGUAAUACUAUAAAGGAACCACUUCAAUUAUUGAUCGUGAAUAAUAAAAAUUAGUAAAGUUAUAAAGAGAAAACACUAUUAGGGAUAAGAGUGAUGUAAACGGAAGAGAAAGUGUCAAUACGAACUGAAUGUCAAUGUGUGUUAAAUGAUUGUGAACGAAAACAAAAUGCUGCAGUGUUUGAUAAGGAUGUCAAUUCAUAUUAAAUAGAAAUUGUGCUGUGAAAAUCAUUUUAAUCGAUAAAUUACAUAAAUUUAAAUGAAUAAAAAUUAUUUAAAAAAAUAUAUUUAAAGAGAAAUGGCAAAAACGAGAAACAGAUGAAGAAAAUUAUAUGAAAAUAUUGACAAAACUGACACUAGAGACAUAAAAUAUUUUUAAGUUCAACAGAAGAAUAUUAGGUAUAAAUCACACUUACUACACACACACAAUACACAACCCAAUGCAAUGCGUUAAGUGAACAAAAUGCAAUUAAUAGUAGAAAUGACUAGAAGUUUCGUUUUAAAAUAUUUUUAGCUAAACUAAAACUUAGGAUAAUAAAUUAAAAUUACAUUGUAAGCAAGCAUACAAAGGUGUUAUGUAGCGGCGAGAUUUCAUUCGUUAUUUUAAAAAUUAAGUUGGAAAAUUAUAUCAGCGAUUAUGACUCACAUCUUCCACGAAUUAUAAUGCGGUUAGUUCAACGGGCUCAUUGAAUUCCUUCUUUGUUUCUUGCUUUGGUUAGUUUAUUACCACUUUAAUUGAAGAUCUGUACGAUAGCUGUAGUUUAGCCGAUAACGCAUUAGAAAACCUGACCUUUUACGUAGCUUUAUCACAAUGACAUAACAUGACUGAUGGCAGUGCAUUUAUCACUUUCUUUAGCAAAGCAAUUGAGACGAAUAGUCUUACUAUUUAUUUUGCAAACAAACAUGAUCGAGUUCGAUAAUUUCGUUUUAUCGACGUCGUCUGUUACUUUGCACUAAAGAAAAUCUCACUGAAACAUUCACUCAGCUAAGGUGAUUAUUUUCGUCACGAAAUUCUGCAAAAAUGUAGUAGUAUCUAAUUGACGAAAUGUAUUCUUUCUCCUUUGAUGUGUCUAGAUGACUUUUUGUACCAUUUGAAACCUCUGACCUCGCUUCUUGCCUGCAACACUUUUUUGAUCGCUCGCUUUACACUUUGCAAUAAAAUCCGCCCUGAAUAUUUUUUCUUUUUCUCAGAACUGUAUAACUACGAACUAGGAAGAAUUAAUGACCAGGCUGGCUGGAUGGAUGAGAUUCUUAUUUUCAAUUGAAUGGUUCUUUUCUUAUCCAUAACAAACAGAGGGCGUAGCAUAUUCAGGAGAUUGAGGAGGAAUUUAACGUUUGAAUGUCAGUCUUUGAUUUAGAAAGAUAAUGUAAAUAGACCCAGUGGUUUCAGAUAAAAUACAACUCAUUCGGGUAAGAUGGACAUUUUUCGAUUGAAAAAUUUAAAAAAUUAAAUUCAACAAAUAAACGAAUACUUAUGCUAACCCAUUCUCCCAUCACAUAAAUUAAAGACAAAAAAAAACUCACCAACCAAAAUACUCAAAAUGCCUAAUCGUGAAUAACAAAUGAAAAUUUGCUUAUAAAUACCAUAAACAAAGACUGUUUUAAGUUAUGUAUAGCCAGCCAAUUAAAUUUAUUUAACGCAUCCAUUAAACG